AUGUCGACUCCCGCGGAGCACAAGCUCCCGCAGCGGUCAGCGACGAUGAGCAGCAGCUUAACCCGCCGGACGUCUAUGAGCGACGACGAGGCAAUCCCUCAGACCGAUAGCAGUGAGACCACCAAUCUCCUGCUGGAGCGUUUGCGAGCAUGGAAGCACAUGUGUGGGAACCUCGAGGACUAUGUCUCCGUGACGGCUAAGGUGGCCAAGUCUCAGUCGAAGGAUCAUGAGAAGAUCUUGAAGACUGUGAGCGAGCCGCUGAAAGAGAGCCACCACUUCAGCGCCAGCGAUGGUGGUAUAACCGGUCUGUUCGAGAAUAUGCGGAACAACUCGCAGGGAAUGGUCAACAUGCAUCUCGAGUCCGAACAGAACCUGAAGGGCAGCGUGCUUCCCACUCUGGAGCGCCUACACAAGGAAAUCAAGAACAAGUCGAAGGAGCUCCAAUCCGGGGCCGUCAAGGGCGCCAAGGCCGUCGAGAAGGCCCGACAGCUGACCCAGAAGCACAUUGAGCUUCUGGGCCAUCAUUCCGCCUCACACGGUGCUGCCGCGGGCAACAAGAUCGAGCAGCAGCACGACCCUUACAUCCUCAAACGUGGCAUCAACUACCGCCUCAACAAGCAGGUCACCGAGGAGAACAACCACCGCAAUGACAUCUUGGCAGUUCAGAACUCGUUCGCGCAGUUCGAAGCCCAUGUCCUGCAAACCAUUCAGGGCGCUCUUGAGCAGUUCUUCCAGCUCAUGGGCGGCCAGCUGGACCGCCAGCGGGCCAUGUACGCCGAUAUCCUGGGCACUGCCCAGCGCAUCCCACCAGACUUCGAGUGGAUGAACUUCUGCGUGAGCAACGACGCCACCCUAGUGAACCCUGAUUCGCCGCCGCGCUCGUUCGCCAGCAUUACUUUCCCGAACAUGGACCACCGGUCCACCCAGCCUCUGAUCGAGGGCUCCCUGGAGCGCCGCUCACGCGCCAUGAUCAAGGGCUACAGCACGGGCUACUACGUCGUGACGCCCGCACGCUACCUGCACGAGUUCAAGGACACCGACGACUUCCGCAAGGACCCCACCCCGGAGCUGUCGCUGUAUCUGCCCGACUGCGUGGUCGGUGCCAUCGACGGCGUCAAGUUCAACGUCAAGGGCAAGGACGUGUCUAGCGGCAAGGUCGGCAACGCCUUCCACACAACCACCGAGUUGAGCUUCAAGGCGCACAGCGCCAGAGACGCCGAGAAGUGGUGGACCGUCAUCAAGGAUUGCACCCGUGCCCCGACCCCGGCCUCGGCCGGUGCCACCAGCCCGACCGCCACGAGCCCCGAUGGCAGCACCUCGCAGAACCAGCCCCCAGUCUACGCCGAAAAUGAGAAAUCGGCCGCCGUAGCCAGUUCAUCCACGGCGACGGCCCCGGCCCCGGCCGCCGACAAGGCCAUUGAUGCUAAGGACCAUGCCGCCGCCAGUCCGACAGCAGGCUUGAGCCGCACUGCCAGCACGGCAAGCCACUUUCACACAUCGCCUGGUGGCUCCGCGGCAGACAAGUUGUGA